CUAAGUCCUUUACAACUUUUCCCCUUAAGAUAAUUUUAUACUGACUUUAUAUGAUUUUUAAAAUUGGUCUGAUCUGAUUUCUAAUCCUGUGACAGUGUUUACUGGAGUUUGGCUGGUUCUUCGUGCUCCUGUGGGUACCACAUUUGGGGGAGAACCUAAACCCACCAGGGGAGAAUCUCAACCUUGACUGGUGCCACCAAAGAAGCCUUUUGAACCAUGUGGACUUUUCUUGGCAUUGCCACUUUUACCUAUUUUUAUAAGAAAUGCGGGGACUUCAUCACUUUGGCCAACAAGGAGCUCCUGUUGUGCGUGCUGGUGUUCCUUUCGCUGGGCCUGGUGCUCUCCUACCGCUGUCGCCACCGGAACGGAGGCCUCCUGGGGCGCCAGCAGAGCGGCUCCCAGUUAGCGGUCUUCUCGGAUAUUCUCUCAGCUCUGCCUUUCAUUGGCUUCUUGUGGGCCAAGACUCCCCCUGGAUCGGAAAAUAAGGAGCAGCUCGAGUCCAGGAGGCGCAGAAAAGGAACCAAUAUUUCAGAAACAACCUUAAUGGGAGCAGCUGCCUCUACAUCAAUAUCUUCUCAAAGUGAUCCCGAAGUUAUCAUCGUGGGAUCUGGUAUACUUGGCUCUGCUUUGGCAGCGGUGCUUUCCAGAGAUGGAAGAAAGGUGACCGUGAUUGAGAGAGAUUUAAAAGAGCCUGACAGAAUAGUUGGAGAAUUUCUGCAGCCAGGUGGUUACCAUGUUCUUAAAGACCUUGAUCUUGGAGAUACAGUGGAAGGUCUUGAUGCCCAGGUUGUACAUGGCUACAUGAUUCAUGAUCAGGAAAGCAAAUCAGAGGUUCAGAUUCCUUACCCUCUGUCAGAAAACAAUCAAGUGCAGAGUGGAAGAGCUUUCCAUCAUGGAAGAUUCAUCAUGAGUCUCCGGAAAGCAGCUAUGGCAGAGCCCAAUGUAACGUUUAUCGAAGGUGUUGUGCUACAGUUAUUAGAAGAAGAUGAUGCUGUAGUGGGAGUUCAGUACAGGGAUAAAGAGACUGGAGAUAUUAAGGAACUCCAUGCUCCAUUGACUGUUGUUGCAGAUGGGGUUUUCUCCAAAUUCAGGAAAAACCUGAUGUCCAAUAAAGUUUCUGUUUCAUCUCAUUUUGUUGGCUUUCUUAUGAAGAACGCACCACAGUUUAAAGCAAAUCAUGCUGAACUUAUUUUAGCUAAUCCGAGUCCAGUUCUCAUCUACCAGAUUUCAUCCAAUGAAACUCGAGUACUUGUUGAUGUUCGAGGAGAAAUGCCAAGUAAUUUAAGAGAAUACAUGGUUGAAAAAAUUUACCCACAAAUACCUGAUCACCUGAAAGAACCAUUCCUAGAAGCUACCGAGAAUUCUCAUUUGAGGGCCAUGCCAGCAAGCUUCCUUCCUCCUUCACAAGUGAACAAACGAGGUGUCCUUCUUUUGGGAGAUGCAUAUAAUAUGAGGCAUCCUCUUACUGGUGGAGGAAUGACUGUUGCUUUUAAAGAUGUAAAACUGUGGAGAAAACUGCUAAAGGGUAUCCCUGACCUUUAUGAUGAUGCAGCUAUUUUCCAGGCCAAAAAAUCAUUCUAUUGGGCAAGAAAAUCAUCUUAUUCUUUUGUUGUGAACAUCCUUGCUCAGGCUCUUUAUGAAUUAUUUUCUGGCACAGAUGAUUCCCUGCAUCAGCUAAGAAAAGCCUGUUUUCUUUAUUUCAAACUUGGUGGAGAAUGUGUUGACGGUCCUGUUGGGCUGCUUUCUGUAUUAUCUCCUAACCCUGUAGUUUUAAUUGGACACUUCUUUGCUGUUGCAGUCUAUGCCAUAUAUUUUUGCUUUAAAUCGGAACCUUGGAUUACAAAACCCCGAGCCUUUCUCAGUAGUGGUGCUGUAUUGUACAAAGCGUGUUCUGUAAUAUUCCCUCUGAUUUACUCAGAAAUGAAGUAUAUGGUCCAUUAAGCUUAAAGGGGAACCAUUUGUGAAGGAAUAUUUGAAACUCGCCAAGUCCUGAGAGACUUUUGGAAGAGGAUGUAUAUUUCAUAGUACUAUGCCACUUCUGAAGUGGAACCUCUUGAACCAACAUUGCGAUUAAUUUGUUUUUGAAGUUUUUUGUAUAUAAACAUGUAAAAAUAUAUGCUUUAAUUUACAAUUUAAAAUAAAGGGUAAAAUAAGCUAGAUAUAUAAAAGGAAUGAUUGUUACCGUAAACUAGUGCUAAUACUGAGGAACUGCAGCUUUUCUUUUGAACUUAGUAUUUGGGAUGAGUUUGUUGGGACAUGCGAAUAAAAUGAAGAAUGAGCUUU